GAUUUUUUUUUUUCUUCUUCCCCAUGCAUCGACUGCUACUAGCACCAUAACCGCAGAAAAUCAUCAUCGAAUGCUAGAGGAGAUGCUGUGUCUAUUACGCUUUGAAUUUGGGAUGCGCUUCUAACAAUAUCGGUUCUCCCCUUCCACGCUUCUAACAACAGCUUGCGCCCUUUGAGACCUCCCAGCUAUGGCUUGGUUUCCUAGGGGCCUUUCUCUCCCCUUCUCCACCAUCUCUUUCAUCCUCUUUUGUUCAAUGGCGGUCUCGGUGUCGACCGCCGAUCUCUUCGAGGAGUUCAAGCACCCCAGCGAGAAGAAGACCCAUCUGCACCUGUACCUCCACGACAUCGUCGCCGGGGGCAACUUCACAACCGUGAGGGCUGUGACGGCAAAUGCAUCACUCCCGCCCAGCUUCGGGGACCUUAUUGUGCUCGACGACCCGCUGACGGCAGGACCGAGCCCGACGUCGAAGCUGCUCGGACGGGCUCAGGGAUUCUGCGCUUUUGCAUCGCAGCAGGCUCGGCAUCCUGCACUUGCACUGGCCAUGAAUCUCGUGUUCGCAGCAGGGAAGUACAAGGGGAGCACGCUAACGAUACUGGGGAGGAAUCCUCCCUUGCAGACGACGAGGGAAAUGCCUGUGGUUGGAGGCAGUGGGAGAUUCCGGAUGGCCCGGGGAUAUGCUAUCGCCAAGACUUUCUCUUUUAACACAACAAGUGGGGAUUCAGUCGUGGAGUACAAUCUUUACGUGCUGCAUUACUGAGCUUGCACUGUUGAUUUGCUAUCCACUUGCCGGCUCGCAUUCGCUGAAGAGUUUAUGCAAGGGAGUGAAUAAAGCUUGGGUAAAUGGCUUCUUAUCGAUUGAUAUUAAUGCAAGGGAGUGCUCAUAGAGAUUCUUAUCGAUUGGCAUCUCCACCUCCUCCUUCCUUAUUUAAUGUCUCAAGAGAAAGUGAUGAAUCAAACAUGAUAAAAUUUGGCCAGAAUUGAUGGAGAGAUUCAAAAAUAAAUAUCUAUGCAAAUCUUUUUAGAUGUC